GCGAGCUGUUUGUGCGAGCAAGGAGGCUAGAUGAUUACCCUCGAAGCCCUCACUAUGAGGCCGAUCGGGGUAGAGGCGACUCCCGCGGCCGAUGGGAGAGGGACGACGAAUACGAGAGAUCGGACCGAGAUGGAUAUAGGGACGACAGAUACGAGAGAUCGGACCGAGAUGGAUAUAGUGACGACAGAUACGAGAGGUCGGAUCGAGAUGGCUACAGAGGAAGUAGAUAUGAGAGAGGAGAUCGGGACUGGGAACGACAAGAUGGGUCACGCGGACGGUUUGAGCGCGGGGGAGAUGCGAGAGAGUAGCGCGACUAGACGCGGGGAUGGUACAACCGAGCGGACCGACGCGAUGAGUCACAAGGACGAUAUGACUCGGGGGACCGCCGGAAUGAUUCGCGAGGGCGAUAUGACCAAGGAGGGUCUGAAGGAGACCGGCGCAACGAUUCGCGCGGUCGGAAUGAGAGAGGGGGAUAUGGCGUCUCAUCAGAACCAUUUCCCAAACGACAGGGCAUCUACUCCCAGGAACUCAUGCAUCUACUGUAGAGGAGAAGAUCAUAUCAAGAGGGAUUGCCCGGACCUCAAACGGGCAAUAGAUGAGGGACUUGUCGUGCUUGACGACCGCAAGUACGUCAAGUGGGCAGAUGAUCUGGGAGAUGUAUCGAUGUUUCCUUCGAUGAAGGAGAAUGUUGAAGCAAGGAGAAUAAAGACGAGUAAAGGAAUGGAGCCGGUCAGGAGCCAGAGCAUCAAUAUAAUCUUUGAGGGGGAUAUCGCGACCACACUCAUAAGGGUGGCAGCCACCAAGUCGGCAAGAGGGUCUACAUCGAAGAAGACUGACACGGAUUACAUGAUGACGGCGAAGGACGGGCAGCGGGUCGAUGGAGAGGAGGUUAUCCUUUCACCGCGAAAGAGGGGAGUGAAUAAGUUCUUAAUGAAGAGUUCGUUGGACGAGAUUGACACGGUUGAGCCACUGAGGCGGGCCCUUCGGCAACCAAUGCAGUGCUUUAUUCUGGAGUACCUUGCGGCAUCGAAGCCGGCUCGUGAUGAAUUACAGAUGAUCACGCGGAAGACUCGCAUACCUCUAUCAGAGGAGGGUCAGGGGGCCCCUAAAGCGGAAGCUUCUACAGUAGCGGUAACGGGGGUGACUGCCAGAGCGGAUCGCAUGGCGACAGUCCUUCUCGAUGGAAUGGAAGGUGUGCCUCCAGACAAGGUUUAUAUACUUGGUAGCGGGGACGUAGAGACGAUUAUAAACGAUGGAGUGAUACUCGAUGUUGUGAUUGAUAACGGCAGUGAGGCUGUCAUCAUAGACGAGGACCUGGUAGUACAAGUUGAACUGGGCCUCGAUAGGUCAUACCUAUUCGAGAUAGAGACGGUUGAUGGGAGAAAGCAACAGAUCACUGGGGUUUGUCACAAGGCAGCCAUUGAGGUCCAAGAGGUAAGGGUGACCCUGCCUGUCUUUGCAGUCAAGAACUGUAGCUCCGACCUGCUCCUGGGUCGAACGUGGCUGAGCCACGUGCAUGCGGUGACGAUAGAGCGACCUGAUGGGAGCCAAACAUUGUCCAUUAGGAAGCGAGACGGGACACGGGUGAUGAUUGAGACAGUGGAGCCUCGGGACUCGAGGAACAGAGCAACUCUCGCUGUGGGGGCAAGACCCAGUGAUCAGAUUAAGUCGUUACCCAUCUCCGGCCGCGCGGUGCGAUUUCGCGAGAAGAGAUAUGGACCACUGCUCACGGAGGAAGAAGGUCGGAUCGUGGAGGUGGAAGAUUUAGGGAGUCGGCUAAUAGUGAACGGUAACUCGUACCCAAAGGAAAAAGAUGAGGAAUUUGGCGGUGUGGAGCGAGGACGUGUGAUAGAAACUCUGAAGACAUGUGAUAAGGCAAUAGCUUUCAGCGACGCGGAGCGCGGUAGGAUUGACCCUCGAUACGCUAAGCCAGCAAGGAUUUACACGAUACCACAUGUUCCCUGGAACGACGCAGGAUGGAAAUACGCCCAGAAGGAGAAGGAAAAAGUUAUCGCUUUCCUGAAAGAAAAGAUGGUUUCCCACGUUGCGGAACCGUCUGAUAGCGCUUAUGCAAAUCGAUGGUUCUUCCUACGAAAGCCGAAUGGCAAGAUYYGAUGGAUCSAGGAYCUUCAGAAGGUCAACGCGGUGACGAUACGAGACGUGGGCUCCGUGCCACACGCCGAUUUACUGGCAGAAGGCGCAGCAGGUGUUGAACACGACCGCGUCGUCGUGUUCAACACGAUGACGGUCGCUGUCAUCGUGUCGAACACGAUAGAGGUGGCACACCCCGACCCCGCCGUCGUGUUCGAUGCGAUGACGUUCACUCUCGUAGCCGCCGUGUCGGUGGUAAUGUUGUCCGUGGUAAUGUUCAACAAGCGACGGUCGAACGUUGACAUUAUCGCCACCAAAGCACCGUCGCGUUCAACAAGCAGGCGGUCGCUCAUCGUCAUCUUCAUCACGACGACGGUGGACAUGACCUCGUUGUCGUGAGAAUACGGUGACGGUGGAUCUCGCCGUGUGCGUCUGUCGUGUUGUGCAAUGCGAUGAUGCGCCGUCGUGUUGGACACGAUCGC